UGCCCCCGCUCCGGGCCCCCCCCGUUCCGCCGCCGGUCCCAUCCCGGGCUCGGCGGGCAGGCGGCGCUCUGCGGCCGGGCUGUGCGGGGGCUCGGGGCGGCGCGGGCUUCGCUUCCUCCUCCUCCUUCUUCUCCUCCUUCUCCUCCGCGGCGGCGGCAUCGGGCAGAUGCGGCGGAUCCUGGGGUGGCUCUCGGCCUCAGCGGGCUCCCGUCCCCCCGCCGCCCUCAUGGACGGCAGCGGGGGCAGCAGGCGCGCGUAGCUCGGAAGGAAUGCCCCAAACACUGAGUUCUACCAGUAUGUUUACUCCAUGUGGCUUCAACCCUCAUCUACAUACUUCAAAAGAGGAUGAACAAGGAGGACUGAUCUUCCAGGAUGGAAACCUUACCUCAGCGUCUCUGGAUGCUCUAAUCCAGCAUCUGAUACCUACCACUGAUUACUACCCUGAAAAAGCCUAUAUCUUCACAUUCCUGCUGAGUUCCAGACUCUUCAUUGAACCCCAUGAACUUUUGUCCCGUGUUUGUCACAAGUGCAUUGAGCAGCAGCGUCUGGAUGACCCUGUGCUGGACAAGGCACGGGUCAGGAAAUUUGGACCCAAAAUCUUACAGCUGCUGACGGAGUGGACAGAGACAUUCCCAUAUGACUUUCAGGAAGAGCGGAUGAUCGGCCAUCUGAAAGACAUGAUCCACAGGAUAGCCCCGUGUGAUGAGGCCUACUGGAAAAAGAUGAAUCAGCUUUUGCAAACCCUGAAUCAGAAGCUUGCAACCCUCAGCCAUGGGCAAGAAGGGAUUGUCAAGAUCAGUCCUGCUGUCUCUGAUAAGCUGGUUGCCUUUAAAAGUAAACCUCCAUCCAUUCAGAGAGAAAUCCUGAGUGUCUGCAGUGACCCUUACACUCUGGCUCAGCAGCUGACACAUGUGGAGCUGGAAAGGCUAAGUCACAUUGGACCUGAGGAGUUUGUACAGGCAUUUGUACAUAAAGACCCUCUGGAUGGCACCAAGACUUGUUUCAGUGAACAGAAGAAGACCAGUAACCUUGAGGCCUAUGUGAAAUGGUUCAAUAGACUCUGCUACCUUGUAGCAACAGAAAUUUGCAUGCCUGCAAAAAAGAAACAGCGAGCACAAGUCAUCGAAUUCUUCAUUGAUGUUGCCCGAGAGUGCUUUAACAUCGGGAAUUUUAAUUCGCUGAUGGCAAUUAUUUCUGGAAUGAACAUGAGCCCAGUUUCCAGGCUAAAGAAGACUUGGUCAAAAGUGAAAACAGCCAAAUUUUUCAUUCUUGAGCACCAGAUGGACCCUACUGGUAACUUCUAUAACUAUAGAACAGCAUUGAGGGGGGCUGCUCACAGAUCCCUCACAGCACACAGCAACAGGGAGAAGAUUGUGAUCCCCUUCUUCAGCCUAUUGAUCAAAGACAUUUAUUUUUUGAAUGAAGGAUGUGCUAAUCGCCUUCCAAAUGGACAUGUCAACUUUGAAAAAUUUCUGGAACUGGCCAAGCAAGUAGGAGAAUUUAUAACAUGGAAGCAAGUGGAAUGUCCCUUUGAACAAGACCCAAACAUCAUCCACUACUUACAUACUGCUCCCAUUUUUACUGAAGAUGGUUUGUAUCUGGCUUCCUAUGAAAGUGAAAGUCCAGAAAACCAGACAGAAAAAGACAGGUGGAAAUCCUUAAGAUCCACUAUUUUAGGCAAGACUUGAAGAUAAGGAGAUUAUUCCAGUAGGUCAAGGAAAAGAAAUCCGCAAAUGUUUUGCACUACUGAUUCCAAAGAUGCCUGUUUGGGAUUUAGAUAAUUCCUUUUGUUUGAGUUUUUUGUUGGGCUUUUUGACUGUCUAACGUGAUGGAUGAACUGGAUUCAUCCACUGAAAAUCAACAGAAUCGUGUGCACAAGGACUCUUUUCUAAGUAUGAGACAAAAAGAGGAAGGACAGACAGACUUUUUGUGGCUGUGCCCAAACUGCAUCAGGAUCACUGUAGCUUUUGCCUCUGAAGGAAAACAAGAAAUUCAGGAGCAUGGAGAACCAUGGUGCUGUAAAGAAGAUGGAAAAGUCUGAAAAAAGGAAAACAAGAAAUACACAUGAAUAUUUCAGAAGCAGGUGCUUCAGACAGCAGCUCUUUAAACCCUCUGAGGAUUGUAAAAUUAAAUCAAACACAGACAGAGCAGCAAUCUGGUUAAUUGCUGAAUGAAGAAAGAACUUAAUCUUACAUUAGCAGUCCCCCAGCCUUGUUGAACAAAGCCCAGACUGCUACAGAUCUAAGCUUCCAGCAGAUGAAAACUGACAUCUCUUGCUCAUAUGUACACAUGUAUGUCACAUAUAGACCACAUCAGCAUGGGACAUGCAUAUAAACCCCUUGAAUUUUUAAAAAGAACAAUUCAAAGUCUGACUAUUCCUUAGUUAUUCUUCCCACCACUGCUGUUGCUUUUCUUACUGUGAAUCUUGGCAGAUCUGAGGAGGGCAGAGUGUAGGCAGUAUUACUUAAAGAUGCCACCACCACAUCUAAAGUUGAACUGAAGAAGUAAAUGGCAUGGAACUCAACUUCCCUCUGUUUAAUGUAUGUAGUGUAUUCCCUAAUCUUCUACAUGCUGAGUUGCAUCUUUUAGAGGGUUUUAUCCUGCUUAAAGAAAAAAAUACUGCUUUACCAUUUGAAAACAAACCUAUCAGGAUCCAAUUUAUACAGUACUGCUCAUUUUGCAACAUGAUGAGAGGGAUCAGAGUAAUUGCUCUGAAUUUGGGAACUACAUGGUCUGAUUUAAAAGGCAAAGGGUUUCAGACUAGAAUAAAAGCACUAGAGAAUUUGUCAUUCAUCAGCAGAUAACUGGUUUUUAUUUUUAGGAUAUAAACCACAUUCACCAUUUCCUUAUAGUUAAUAUAAAGUAGGGACCACAUCCUGUGUCUAAAGUUGUACAGUAAUCAAGGUGCUACUAUAACAUGUAUGAAAUAAUGCACUAUAGUAGAUUCAAAAUGAAGCCCUAACAGUAGAUUAAUGGUUUGUCUGUGCAAAGGAUGUUCCUAGCUGCCUUCAAAAAGCUUAAAUGAUACCUAAAUGACAUACAAUAUUGAACUUUGCAUUUUAUUAUUGACAUUAUACUGGCAUUCUCUAUGAUGUUCAAUUCUUUGAUUACAACAGAAGGAUAUAACCCUUUCUUUGAGAUCAGCAAUAGUUUUAUUUCAAUACAGAGGGAUUCUGAGUGGCUGUAGUGUUUUGAAAAAUCAGACUAAUCCCAAAUCCUGGCUGUGUUGAUGAUGCAUUUAGUCAGAAAUCUGGAACUGUUCCUGUCCUCUGCCAGGCCUGGGAAGUUGUCUGUGUGUGAGUGAGUUGUUGAAACGUGAGGCAGGGGUGAGCUGAUGUCUGAGGGCAGCUCUGCCAGCUGAGAUGUGCUCUGUGUGAUACACUAAAGGUUUGUAGAGUGUGCAGUGCUCAUGUUGGGUUUUGGGCUGUGAAAACCCGUGCAGUCUGGAUCGUGGCCACCUGGAAUCCACUGCACUUGAAAAUAUUGGGAUGAGGCGGGCAGCUUCUUCUGGAUUUGCAUAGGUAAGGGCUUGAGGCAGAACCUGAGUUCUCCUGUUCAUACAGGUUUGCCAGGGCAUGAAUUCAAUCAGGGGAACAUUAUAAUGUCAGCUGUUUACUCAAGCUUCAUAUGGAAAAACUAAAUGUAAGGAUGUUGCAGCAUUUCUCCAGCCAGGGAAUGAUCACUAUUCUGGUGACACUGUUAAUAUGCUUGGUCUUAAUUUUUGUCUGUGAGCUGAGAGCUAUACAGAGAAACAGACUCACACAGCCAUUCCUUCAAGCAGAGCCAUUUCCAAAAUGAUGCCAUUAAAAGCCUGUUAAAUUCCAACCAAAUCCAGAGCAAUAACCAUAAGCAAAGCUAAAACAAUGCUAAUGCUUAAGUGUGUUUGCUAAAUGGAAAUCCUUUUCCUCAGUGACUGCAUCUUUUUAACAGUCACAUUAUGACUUCAUAAUGGAAAUUUUUUCUUUGGUUGGUUUGGUUUUUUAUUUACUUAUCUGAAACCCAAUGUAGGUGAAUGGGCCCUUUCUUAAAACUUGCUUUUUACAGUUCAAAUCUUCCUUCUCUAAAGAACUAAUAGAGGCUGGUGCAGCUGAGAUUAUAACACCCUGAAGAUGAAUCAAAAUGUGAUUUCUCGUGGUAAUACUUUAUAUUCUGGGGCACCCUCCACGAAUUCAGGCAAUUUUGUAAGUCUGGUUUAAAUUUGAUUUGAUAAAGUUUAUCACUGUUGCAAACUAAAACUCUUUCAUAGUCCAAAACUUUCAAACCUCAGUGCUUAAAACGGAAGCAUAAAUUUCAGAUUUAUGUAGGUGCUGAAGGCUUGCUGGGACUUUCAGAAGCACCAAAUUAUCUUUAAGCCUUUAUGUAGUCACACAUUUAAAAGGUCUUUUUAUCAGAGGUGCUAAACAUCCUCCUCUCUUGGUGAAUAUUGAGGCAAUUACUGCUUUACAGAGGUGUGAAAUAUAUUGUUUGAUCUCCAGAGAUAUGCUAAAUGAUUUGGAGAUGAGAGUACACAGCAACUUAUGAUGAGACUAUAGCACUUGUAAAAAAACAGACAUUAGGAGUUACAGCUUGUCUUCACAAAACUUUGAGGCUAAAAUCCUAUUGAUUCAAGUAGAAAUCAUGUAAAGCCUUAAAUUACAGGUGUCAGUUGCAUUUCUAAUUCAGAUUUGGCCUAACUGGGGUGUAUAGGGGAAGAGUUAGGGCCUUGCUUCAGCAAAAGGUUUUGCAAAGUGCAAGUACAACUGAGAACAAAGGUUCACAGUUUGGGGAAUAGACUUUUUAAAAAUGUAUUAGCAUUACAUGAAAAUGUUUUAUUGCUAUAAAUAUAUAAAGAGCUCCUACCAUGCUUAAAGAAAGCAGGAUCACUAAACACUAAGCACUAGGCCACUGUGGACAUGGAGUUGUUAGCCCAACAGCUGGAGAAAGUACUGGCAGUAAGACCAUGGCUUUCUAAUUCCACUUUUUUCCAUUGAUUCACCUCCCUGGCAGCUGUUUGAAUUGAAGUUCAAAAUGCAUAAAAGUAGAGCUAUAGGUCUUUAAUGUUAGUAUCAAAACACUAAGUUAGUAAGAUGUGAAUAUGACAGUCUUUCAGAAGCAUUAACUUUGCUUCCAUGUAUAUUUUAAAAGAGCCAAAUACACAAAACCACUUCUGCACCUCCUUUACUGUAGACAUAACAGUAGCAAAAGUCCUGUUUUUUAAUUUUUUGAGUAUGGCAUUCUGCAACACAGAGCUGGAUACAAAGCCCAGUGAAAACCAACAAGGGAACUGUGUGCUUGUGGUGAAAUCAGUAGAUGAACUUGCUCAAUGCCUUUCAAAAAACAAUUACUACAAUCUUGUCCUCAAUUUCACACCAGCAUCAAUCACAAUACCUAAUUAAUGGUGGAUGGAUGUAGGUCUGCUGGGUGUGACUGAAUUUAGAGGAUAAAAACACUUGAAGUGAGUCCAGCACACAAGAACCCGGGGCACCAGAGGCCACUGAGCUGAGUGUAUCUGUCAGGCAGUAAAUGCAGUCCUGUCAGAGAGCUGGCUGGAGGCUCCCCAUGGGGACAGAGAGGACCUGCAGAUCUGGGAUUGAAUUGUGACCCCAGCCACUGCUGAGAUGGCACUUCAACAAAGUGUGGACAUGGCUGCUAAAGCACCUAAAAUAAGAAAAAAAUUAAGCAUAUAGAUAUUUUUCUCAGCUUGAAAAUAUUUUAUGAUGUGGUCAGUGGCAAUAGGAUACUCACUUAAAACCAAGCCAGUCCCUUAUCAAUAGCUUAGUUGCAUUAUAAAGUUUUAUUGCAAUAGUUUAUGCACCUUUCAUUAAAGCACAUGAGCAGUGGUUUGCACAUGACUGUAAAUCCUGUUUAGAACAGAGCUCAGAUUGCUGAAUAUGUAAUUGGUGUUGUCAAAAAGCAGACAUGUUAGUAGAAAAGAUAUCACUGUGCCUAUCAGUGUAAAAGUGUUACCCAGCUAAGAGUAUCUGGCCUAACAAUGUCUGUGUUCCCUAGAAUGAAACUGAUUCCAAACACAGUGACAGAGGUGACAGAGGAAAAGCUCCAGUUCAUUUGGAUGGCCUUUGGAGUGAUCCUGCAAUUGGUAACAAUAGUGCAGUUUUAAGUUAUUCACAGGGAUUAAAUUGCAUUGACAGCUGGUAUUGUCCCUGGAUUUCUUCAGAGCAAGGUGCAACUCCCACAUGGGGCAGGUUGUGUUUAAUAGGGUGACAAUCCAGCCUUAGCAAAAGCUUUCUUUGACAUUGUUGAAGAUUCAGCAGCAAAUUCAAGGACUAAAUCUGAUCCAAUGAAUCAGUCCCAGUCUGAGAGCAAAAUUUAACUUUCUGGCUUUAUGAACCUUUUUUACUUCUUAGUUUGUGGAAAUUAACCUUACUGUCUCUGGUGUCUUUUUCUUUGGAAAUUAAAACCUCUUUUGUUGUGAAAUGAUUAUUCCCAUUGUUGUAAUUGCAGAAUGGGAUUAGCAAGUGACAAGGAAACAGAAAAAAAAUCUUUGUCACUGCUCAGAGCCUCAACCAUGGGCCAAAGAUUUUCUUUUGUUUUGUCCUUUUUAACAUUAUUUGUUGAGUUAGAUUAUCUUAGGAGUUAGUGUUGGGCACUAUUGAAUUUUGGCUGGGGAAGAGCACACACAAUCUGAUGUCUUUAUGACAGCAUGUGCACUGACAGGGCUGUGCAGAGGUGAUUUUAUGAUCCUGUACAAAACUGACCUGCCAAGGGGUAUCUGAGCUGCACUCUUAUGUUUCUAGUGCUGGACACAUCACUUCUGAAAGGUAAGAAGUUUCUGGAAGUUCACCUGGGGCAAAGCCUGCUUCCUUAUCCAGCCAACUGAAUGUUUACAAAAAAUUAUUUUAAAUGAGAAGUUCCUCUAGAGGACUUGUAGCAGUGAAGAACUUUUUACUUAGAUGACAAAGAUUUUAAGAUCUAAGCAGCAGGGAAAAAAUAGAUACUUUAAAAAAUCAUCAGAAAUACCUUUAUGGUUGUUAGCUUUGCAUGGCAAAAGAGUGGAGCAAGAUAUCCAUGUGUAUCUUACUGAUAAUAUCAGUGGCAGCUGGCCAGGCUAAGGCAGGAGAGAAUACAGUGAAACACUGGUGCAGAAUGCUCUACCUAUAUUUUUGUUUUAAUGUUGGGUAUGUUGGAAAGCAAACGUACUGCCUUAGAGCAGUCACUUUCCCUGCAACCACUGCUAGGUGCUCUGUGGAGCAGCUGAGUUCUGAGCUGAGCAGAGGAGGCAGCAAACAAGUUACCUUUUUGGGGGAACAGAUCUGGAGGCUCAUCUGUUUGGUAGUUAUUUAUUUUACAGUUAUUUUUGCAUAUGUUCAGAUAUGCAGAAAAUACUAAAUACAUUAAGCUAAUGCUCAUACAAGGCAUCACAUCCUGCAUUUUUACAUUAUGGAAGAUGCAGAUAACAGCUCAUAGGUUCCAUGGGUGGUAUUUCAUACACUCUGCACAGGUGCAAGACACUGGAACUCAGGCCACAAUCUCAGCUACAGAAAAAAAGCUGAGUCUGAGUAACUCCUGCCUGGAUCCCAUUCCUGGCACUGUAGCCAGACAGACUGUGCAGUGAUUAAAUUCAGAGUGGCUGAGACUGCUCCCUCUUCCCUCAAUGCCUUGCCCUCCACAGAGGCAGUAAAUAUAAACAGCUCUUUCAAAAAGCCAUAGGAACAGUUUUUUAGUUUUCUGCCAUACAAGGGCUCUAUAAUUAAGACUCCAGAGCUGUCAUAAUAGAACAGGAGUCCUUCUCCCUUCAUCCCUGUAGCCCUAGAACUUCCAACCCAGAUAAUACUUCAAUGUACCCAGGCCUUCUUGAAUGCAGAAGGCUGAGAGUUCAGAGCUCACACAUCCUGUAAAUAAAAUAACUGUAUAAGAAACUUCCUUCUAAAAGGUGCAAAGCCCAUUUAAUGGACUUCUGACCAGAAAAUUCCAUAGUCCAGGCACCUUUCAGACAUGCCACUUCCUCAGAGACCUUUUACUGGUCAGUAGUGCAUCACUGCUUUCAUUUUUAAAUAUGCUUCUAAAAUUAAUGUCUUUCUGAAACAACUAAACAUAGAAUGGUUUCUUUGUUUGAAUCAUGGGUAAACAGACUUGAGAAAACUGAAACUGUAGUCCUGGCAGAUGACCUGGUAUGUAUUUCUGUAACAGCCCAAGCUGGGUUAUCACUUACUUGUCUGUCCUCACCUUGAAGGAAUUGUCCCACUAGAAGCCUCCUAAUUAUUAAAACUUACUGAGUGAUGUGCACACAGAGCUAUUAAAUUCCAGCAUUUCAAGAUAUGGUUCUUACAAACGUACAAGUACUGCUCUUAGGAGUCUGUCUGUGGAAGACCAUUGCUAGUACACAGCACAGAUGGAAAAUAAAUUAUCCUCUGGGUUUCAGAACUCUUAGCAAGUGUUCAUCAGUUUAUAAAAGUGAGAAAUCAGAUUUUACAAUUUUUUUCACUUUAAGUGACAGUGACAGGACCAGCUGUCUUAAACCUAAAGUCCAAGAACAUGCUGUUCUGAAACGUUUAGUCACAGACCUAAAAGCACAGAGUGAAAAUGGGCAAGCAGAAAUGUCCUUAUUUUCAGAUUGAGAAAUUGUUAAAUGACACCUGGGGUCACCUGGGAAGCACCUCCUUUCCAAAAAUUGCCCCAAAUAGGUAUACAAAUUUUAGUUUUACAUUUCUUCUGGUGUAACUCCUUUCUACAGCUGUGCUUAGAAAAAUGGGAACUAAAUUAUUAAUUUAGUUUCUAAAAAUAAUCAAUCUAGGAAAUAAGUGUUAAGGGUAAAUACUGAUGCUGUGAAUGAUGGUAAUGUGCUUCUCCUGUAAUUUUUUCUUUAAAAAAGCAAUUUCAUGUUAUGAACAGCAUUUUCAGGACAAAUUGAAAGCUCUCUGCCAUCCAUAAUACUCAAACUCUUCUUUGUUUGAAGUCCUCAGAACAAGUAUUGACACUUUAUUAAUUGCACAGGCAGGAAACAGUAAAGUUACUUGAAAGUGGCUGUUAGGAUUUUGUGACUGUACAUAGAUCUUGCAAAAUGUUAAUGGUAAUAUGCAUACUGUACCCCCCAUAAACACUGCAAGAAUAGCAUGGUCAUUGUUAUGCUUUAUAGCUGUUGUGGAAAAUGUCUUAACUUGCAUUCAUGAUUAUAGUGCCCAUCCUAUUCCCAUGCCUUUUUAUACAGUUGUGGUAAGAUUGUUAAGAAAUCCUUUUGUCAGUCAUGUUCAAGCUAACUUACCUAUGUAUAGAAUUUAUAUAUUAAACCCCCCCCUAAUUUAUACUGUGUUUUAACAGUUUGCCUGAACUGUCUAUUGUUUCUAAAUUUUGUAAUGUGAGUGUCAAAUAAUAAUAAUUAAAAAAAAAAAAAGGUU